UACGUCACUUCCGUGAUGAGAUUACAGGUUUCUAGUUGAUGUGACAGCAUAGAUGCAAACCGACAGCUGUCCCGCAGAAAGUGUGCGAAGCGGCUAAUUCAGGAGAAGAUGCGCUGGUUCGAGGGCUCCAUCCCGGCAGCCAUUGCCACCUCAAAACAGCACGGCUCUGUUUUCGUCGUCGUCAUUGCAGGAGACGACGAGCAGUCCAAACAGAUGCUGUCCAGCUGGGAGGAUGAGCACGUAGCUGAGCUCACCAACAACUGCUUCGUCGCCAUUAAAGUGGACGCCAAAAGUGAGACGUGUGUCCAGUUUUCACAGAUCUAUCCCGUGGUGUGCAUUCCAUCCAGCUUCUUCAUAGGCGACAAUGGAAUUCCCCUGGAGAUCAUCGCUGGUGGCGUCUCUGCAGAGGAGCUGACUAACAGGAUAAGCAAAGUCAAGGAGGUACACGCUCAGCAGACAGCCGCUCCGGCUCAGCCAAACCCGGAGACGUCCGUCCAGGCUGAAAGUCCCUCUCCUUCUGAAAGCCAUCCUGUAAACUCAGAUACUGUAACAGGAAACCCCUCCACUGCUGCUGCAUCUAAAGAAUCUCUGUCCAUGCCCAUGGAAGAAGCAGGGGCUUCAGGUCAGGUGACUCCAGGUGACGAUACAAGCCAAUCAUCAGAAGACACAUCACAGGCGUCUCAGGCAGAGGAGCCCUUGGAUGCCAAAGUCGAGAGGUUAACAAAGAAACUGGAAGAAAGAAGAGAACAGAAACGGAAGGGAGAAGAGGAGAAUGAGAUAAAGAAAGAGAUCGAGCGGCGGAAGCUUGGCAAGGACAUGCUGGACUUCAAGCGGAAGCAGGAGGAGGAGAAAACGAAGCGCAUGCUGGAGGAGAGAAACAGAGAGAAGGCUGAAGAGAAGGCGGCCAGAGAGAGGGUCAAACAGCAGAUCGCUCAGGACCGUGCAGAGCGGGCAGCCCGCUACGCUAAAACCCAGGAGGAAGCCGACGCAGCCAGAGCGGCAGCGCUACAAGCCAGACAGGCCGAGCAGGAGAUGAAGAAAGAGGCUGCACAGAGAGAGAGAAGUACGAUUGCCAGGAUACAGUUCCGCCUCCCUGACGGUUCCUCUCUGACCAAUCAGUUUCCCUCAGAGACGAAGCUGCAGGAGGCCAGGCAGUUUGCAGCUCAGGAGGUGGGCAACAGGUUCGGGCACUUCUCUCUGGCCACCAUGUUUCCCAGGCGUGAGUUCACAGCUGAAGAUCUGGAGAAGACUUUGCUGGAGCUCGAGCUUGCACCCAGUGCCUCCAUUGUCCUGCUGCCGCAGUCAGGAAGGCCCGCUAACACCGUAGUCCAGUCCUCUAGCACAGGUGGCAUCUGGGCUUUUCUGGGCACCAUCCUGUACCCUCUCCUGGCAGUUUGGAGGUUCGUGAGCAGCUUCCUCUUCAGCAGCCCUCCUCCUGAAGCCGCAGCAGCUCCCCGUAACCAGCCACAGCGCCCUUCAAACUCCUUAAACGCUAACUCUGGAGAACCAAAGAGAGAAACAAUCCGCAAGCGGGUCCUAGAGAAGCGACCGGAAGACUUUAAAAAAGACGGGAAAAUCUACCGGCUAAGGACCCAAGAGGACAGCGAAGACGACAACAACACGUGGAACGGCAACUCCACCCAGCAAAUGUAGUGCAAUAACCCCACUUUAUCUCUCUCUUUUUUUUGCCCAGUCGUCUCCUGUCUUCUCACUCUCUGACCUGGUUUGACUUUGCGCGUGUCUUAACGGUGGAUUAUAAAUGAUUUAGGGCUAUGAUUUUUAUUCUUUCCCUCUCCGACCCUCCACCUCUCCCUUGCAUGGGUAGAUAAAAACCAAGUUAAUCUCUCAUGUAAGCUUAAACAGACAUCCACUGUGUGUAGAUUUCUUGAUUUUUGCCAUUUGCUUUCCAGCAGUAUUCUUACGAUAACACCUUGCGUGCUAAACAGGCUAAAUUAGAGGCUUGGAAGCUUGAAUCCUGCUGCCUUUUUAUUUAAACUGUAACAUGUAUGACAUAAAAAGUUUCCAGCAAAAUUGUGUGACUGAUUUUGGGGCAAUAGGGUCUUGGCAACCAGUGUGUUUUAUACGGAAGCUUGGACCCCUUGGCAGAAGAAUGUUUCUACUAGUUGAAAGUGGAAGUCACUUUAACACUGUCAUUUAACAAAACAAUAAAGAUUUUUCGAUUAAAUCUUU